AUGGCUUAUUUACUUAUUUAUGUUAAUGAUAUUAUUCUUACAACGUCACAUGAUACUCUACGAGCUACUUUCAUACAUCAACUGGCAGCCGAAUAUGACAUGAAAGAUCUUGGACCAUUGAGUCAUUUUUUGGGGAUUAAUGUAACACGACAACACGAUACUAUGUUUUUGUCACAUCAAUCAUAUGCAUUAGAUAUUAUUGAUCGGGCCGGUAUGUCAUCCUGCAAGUCGGUUGCUACUCCAGUGGACACAAAAUCUAAACUUAAUGCUUCUUCAAGUGACCCGUUUGAGGACCCUACGUUAUAUCGUUGUCUGGCUGGUGCACUUCAGUAUCUUACCUUCACCAGACCUGAUAUUAGCUAUGCAGUUCAGCAAGUGUGUAUGCAUAUGCAUUCUCCUCGGGUUGAUCAUUAG